CACACAUCAAACACAGAGAGAGCAAGAGCACAGGACUGGCUCCAGGAGGAUUUCUCAUCUUGUUUCUAGAUUACGAUUUCAACAAUGUCACCAAAAAAGUGUGUUUUUGGUUGCGAGGGAAAGAUAAGCUUGUUCAGCUUCCCAAAGAACCCAGCGUUAAGGGAGCAGUGGAUGCGGUGUGUUUUCCCGGGGCAGCAACGGCGUUGCACGCAUGUGUUUGUUUGUUCCCGUCAUUUCAGUGAUGAAUGUUUUACAAACAAGGCCCAGUUUGACGCUGGGUUUGCAGAUCGUUUGAAAAUGAAAGAUGCAGCGAUCCCAGAAAUAAAAGAUCCCGGUCAUGAGUCGAACCCGCAGGCGAUGUUGAGCAUGAAAGCGCAGGUGGAUGUGGUCUGCUGUAAAUCAGUAGGAACUGAUCUGUCCAUGCUGGAUAUUGAGGAUUUCAUCACAGAAAUCUGUCAGCUGAAGAAAGAGGUGGCUUCACUGGAGGCAAAGCUGAGAGAAAGAGGAGACAAACUGAACAGAGAGGAUGUGGAGCAGGUUUCAGUGCGUGUGACUGAUGGGACAGAAGCUCAGGAUUCAGUCUGGAGCGUCAGAGAUCAGAGAUCCAGAGACACACAGGACUCAGAGCUCAGCCUCACUUUACUCUGUUAUACUGACGCUCAGGAUCAUGAAUCCACUGAUCAAACCUCUGACUGUAACGCUGGAGAACAGCAGAUGCUGCAGACGCCGCUGAAGAUGUGCUCCGUCAAACUGGUGGACUGCAGGAACCUGAUAGAGAGCAGAGGAGAAGAAACCACCGCAGAGAAAGAACAACAACACAGUGAUGAGGAAGAGGAGGAUGAUGGGAAUGAUGAAGACGAAGAUUUCAUUCCUCCAGAUGUGAGUUGUGGUUCAUCCUCUGAUGGAGAUAAAGAAACUGUCUCAACCUCAAAAGAGCAGCUUCAGACCAAGAGUUUCUCCUGCGCCACCUGUGGAAAAACACUGAGUUCAGAGGGUCAUUUAGCGAGACACGAGAGAACACACACAGAACAGAAAGACUUCAGCUGCAAGUUAUGCAACACCAGCUUUCCUACCGCAGAAGAGAGGAGACUUCAUUCAAAAGAGCACAGCAGGAAGGAGGACUUUCACUGUGAACAGUGCGGGAAGGAUUUUUUCACCAUUGCUCAUAAUAUGAAAGCUCAUAUAAAGACACACAACGAAAAGUCUUUCCACUGCAGCGACUGUGACAAGUAUUUCAGCACCAAAGGAAAUCUUGUUGUUCAUAAGCGAAUCCACACGGGAGAAAGACCGUACAAGUGCCCUCACUGCGAAAGAAGAUUCAUGUAUGGAUCUCAUCUGAAGACACAUGUGCGUUUGCACACCAAUGAGAGGCCGUACCAGUGCAGUGAAUGUGGGAAAGCCUUUAGGCAGUUAUUUAGUCUACAGUCACACCAAAAAAUGCACUCAGGUGAGAAACCGUUUCAGUGCAAAUACUGUGACAAACGAUUCCUUCACAAAUCCUACCUGAACUAUCAUGAGAGGACUCACACCGGAGAGAAACCAUAUCUGUGCUCCUACUGCGGGAAGAGCUUUGCUAGUCCAGUUCAUUUUGGACUUCAUAAGAGAGUCCACACUGGAGAAAAACCGUAUCACUGCAGCGUCUGUGGGAAGAGUUUUGGUAAACACAUUACAUUACAAAACCACAAGAGGAUUCAUACCGGAGAAAGACCGUUCAAAUGCUCACAGUGUGACAAGACGUUUGCUCGAUCAGACAUUCUUAAGGUCCAUCAGCGAGUUCAUACAGGAGAGAAACCUUACUCCUGCUCCAUCUGCGGCGAGAGAUUCGCUUAUUUAGGUAGUUUUCAGACCCACCAGAACAAACACGCUAAAGAACAAAUUGCUCCAGAAUCAUCAGAGUGACUUUUCAUGUCUUGGUCGGUCAAUAAAGGCUUCAUUUCGGCAGUUGCUUUCAUCGUGCAUGCCCUGUGAUGUAUAAUGUGACGUAUAACAGUAACAUCAUACACAUGAUGAUUUCAAUUUAAAACAUGAGACAUAUAUUAUGCAACAGUUGAAUUGGUUUUCUGAGCAGCGUUAUUAGUGUGGAUACUUCGUCCAGCAUUACUGAGUGAUUUCACUGUUUAUACAGUAUUAAGGCCUUUUCACACUGCACGCAAAAAAUUUGGCGUGAAUGUUGGGCAUGAUGACUGCUCAAUAAAUAAGGGAUAAUGUACAUCCAGCCAGUUGUUAUCCCAGAAUAAAGCCCGAAAGGAUGUUGUAUAAGACUGAAGGGCUUUAUUUUGCGAUAACCGGUGGAUGUACAUUAUCCCGCUUAUUACAUGGCUGCUUUCCAAAAAAAUAAAAAAUAAUUAAACUUUAGACACAAAGCAUUGUUCUAAGUUGAAAUAUUUAAACGCAAAGCUUUCAUGAAAAAAGCUGUUGCUAGCAAGCGGCAAGUUCAAACUAGACGG